CAUAUUCUCGUUAUUACGUAUUUAUUUGUAAAUGAUCAAAAGUCUAAAGAUGAUUCUCAAUCUUUCGAAGAUUAAGUUGGAAGAGAAAAGUCGAAAGUGUCUUAUUUUUAGGUUAGAAAAAGUUUAAAGAGAUUUCGCAUAUUAUAUAUUUCGUAUAAUACUAUGUAAUUGACAAAAAAGGUGUAUAUCUUUGGUUAUUAUCAUUCAACAUAUUUCUUGGCAACAUUCCCUUGUUAUUUAAAUUUAUUAUCAUGGAAUUUCUGCAAAGUAUCGGAGUUGGCGUGAGGUCCGUAGAUGAUCCUUUCUUUAAUGAAACUUACAAAUAUUGCAAGAUCUUUCAACGGAAGGGAGUCAUAGCUGAAGAUGAGGAAGAUUUAUGCCAUGAUCUUAUUGCAGAGUUUUCUUGUCCGAUUUCACAAUGUACGGCGUUAUUUAAAACUUUAAUAGACUUUGAAAUGCAUUAUAAUUCCUGUCAUCGUUAUAUUUGCUUGGAGUGUAAAAGGACAAAGCCCAAUCCUAGGUUAUUAGAAAUUCAUAUCCAGGAAACGCACGAUACGUUUUUCAAGCUUUUAUCAGAAAAACAACCGAUGUACCAGUGCUACGUUUCUCAAUGUAACGUGAAAUUCAAUAAUCCGAACGAAAGGCUGGAUCACUGCGUCAAUGUACAUAAAUAUCCAAAAAAUUGUCGCUUUGACGAUGUAUCGUACCGCAAAGCAAAAGAAAAUAAUAGUAAUAAAAUGGAUAUCGAUAUAACAGAAAGGAAAGAGAAAAUAAAGGAGAAAAUUCGAUUAAAUAAGAAUUCAAAAAUUAGAACAUUUGAUAAAACAUUCAAAAUGAGUGACGUAGAAAGGUCUAGCGCAACUUGUUCCACGACUUUUACUAAUAUCAAUGAGAAUGCAUCUUUAAUGUUUGUACCUAGACAAGUGGACAGAUCUUAUGCGACGACGCUUAGCAAAAACCAAACUAGAAAACGAAAUGUUCUCGAAGCAGAAUGCAUGUCGGAUAUAGCGCAAUUUCUACCCGAUUAGAAGUUAUUUUUUAAACGUAUGAGCCUUGAUUAAGGACUUUCCUUCAAAAAGAAAAAAAAAAACCAGGGGAAUGAAGGAAAAAAAUGAAUUCAAGCAAGGUUUACCACAUCUUCCAAUAUAAAGACGAAUAAAACAAUAGACUUUUCCUUCAACAUAGAUAAUUAUUUACGUUACACUUAAACUUAUUUGGCGAUAUAUGCUUAUAAAGAUUCUCAAAUUCAAAGCGACAGCGAUAUGCCGCGCAAUUAGGGUAUGCUCGUGCUUCGAUAAUUUCAUAAUUAUCGGUGUUGUGGCAUUCAAGUAUUGGAAAAAAAAAAA